GCCCCCCCUCCUUCCCCAGGACCUUCCGGAGGCGGAGGCCAUGUCUCCCCGGAGGAAGGAGAGGCGCGUGGGCGUGGUGGCCGUGGCCGGCGCGGCGGCGCUCGUCGCCGUCGGCCUCAACCUCGCCUUCUCCGCCGUCGCCGCCCAUCGCCGGAGGAAGCGGCAAGAGCUUCCAGGGUUUAGUGCGCAGGUCAACCUCUCAGCAGCCGAGAUCAAGAGAUUGGCCGACCGGAUUAUUGCCAAGUCCAAGGAAACAUAUGAUGCCGUGGCGGCAGUCCCCCUUGAUAAGGUCAGCUUCGCUAAUGCCAUAGCACCGCUGGCAGAAUUAGAUGCUCAGCAGUUCCCUCUGGUUCAAGCAUGUGUGCUCCCAAGGAUGGUGUCACCUUCUGAAGAGUUAUGCAGGGCCAGUGCUGAAGCAGAGAAGCGAUUGGAUUCCCACUUUCUGCUGUGCAGGCAGCGUGAGGAUGUGUAUCGUGUUGUAAAGGCAUUCACAGAGAGAGGUGAAAGAAUAGGUCCGGAAGAAACAAGAUUUGUCCAGUGCCUGGUGAGAGAGUUUGAACGCAACGGAGCAAAACUAACGCAAAACAAGAGGAAAGAAAUGGAGAAGUUGAAAUCUCUUAUCGAUGACUUAAAUUUGAAGUAUAUUCAAAACAUGAAUGAUUUGACCAAAUUUGUUCUGUUAAGCGAGGAAGAAUUAGCUGGAAUGCCUCUUGAAUUCUUAAAGGAUCUGGAAGAAACAGAUGGAAAGCGCAAGGUUCUGUUGACCAGUUACCAUGUCACUCCAAUUCUUGAACAUUGCAAGGUUGGUUCUACCAGGAAGCUGAUUGCUGUUGCUUAUGGCCAGAAAGGCGGAAAACAGAAUGUGGCCAUCCUGGAAAAAUUGGUUCAGAUAAGACACAGGCUUGCGAGAUUGCUCGGGUAUUCCAACUAUUCUGAUUUUGCUAUUGAACCAAGAAUGCCAAUGACAUCAAGGAAGGUGUUAGAAUUUCUGGAGGAAAUGUCAGAACAAUUAGGUGAUCUUGCUAAUAGAGAGCUUACCUUACUAAAAGAUCUGAAGAUGAAGGAGGAAGGAGAUGCUCAAUUUGGCAUGGAAGAUUUAUUAUACUACAUGAAAAGAGCCGAACAGCACAAGGUUGAUCUUGACAUUGGUGAAAUUAAACGAUAUUUCCCUGUUAAGCUGGUCAUAUCAGGAAUGUUGAAGAUGUUCCAGGAUCUAUUUGCACUACAAUUUGAAGAAAUUAAGGAUGUGGUGGUUUGGCAUGAUACAGUUCGUCUCUUUUCUGUUCGGGAUGCAAAUUCAAGUGAUCUUUUGGGCUACUUUUUUCUUGAUAUAUUUUCCAGGGAAGGAAAAUAUGGCCACACCUGUGUUGUGACACUUCAGAAUGGAUGCCUGUGUUCUAAUGGUUCACGUAAGGUUCCAGUUGCAGUCUUAUUAUCUCAAUGCCCAAAAGAGUUUGAUGGGAAUUCAGCAUUGCUGCGGUUCCCUGAAGUUGUCAGGAUAUUCCAUGAAUUCAGCCACGUGGUUCAUCACAUAUCGAACAGAGCCACCUUUUCUAGAUUUUCAAGUCUCCGUCUGGAGGGAGACUUUGCUGAAAUUCCAAGCCUGUUACUUGAGAACUGGUGUUAUGAGAGCAUUUCUCUGAAAAUGAUGUCCGGCUUCCAUCAGGACAUUACAAAGUCUGUCACUAGUGAAGCUUGCCAGUCACUGAAAAGAAGGCGUGAUAUGUUUGCUGGCCUGAAACUGAAGCAAGAGAUCCUUUUGUGCCUUGUUGAUCAGAUAAUACAUACAAAUGAGAAUGUGGACAUUGAUGACUUGAUCAAAGAUCUCCAUCCAAAGGUAAUGUUGGGGAUACCUUUGUUGGAAGGGACCAGCCCAGCUUCAUGCUUUCCUCGUAUUGCUGUUGGCUACGACGCUGUGUGCUACAGUUACAUAUGGAGCGAGGUGUUUGCUGCUGAUCUAUUCGUGACAAAGUUUAAAGAUGACUUGCUAAAUCAGCAUGCAGGGCUGAGGUUUAGAAAUAAGGUAUUGGCUCCAGGAGGCUCAGAAGAUCCGCUUGAGAUCAUAACUGACUACUUAGGAAGAGAACCAUCCCUGCAGCCUUUCAUUCAGAGCAGAACAAGGAACACUUUGUGAAAGAUCAUGCAGCCCAUGAAGUUUGAUUACCGUUUAGGUAGUUCUUUUCUUAGAGGAAUGAUUAUUGUUGAUUUUGAUUCCAGAUCUUGUUGAUGGUUAAUGUAUGUUUGUGCCAAGCUCUCUUAGAAUAGUUAUUUCCUGACACUAACCUACUCAGGAUUUCAACUUCUUGGCGUUACACUUUUUAGCGUCUAGCACUAGUUUCUUUAUGUGGCAAGGGAGCGUGAACGAUGAGCCCAGAAUAUGUUGUUGUCAACAUGAAGCAUGUCUUAGCAGCUUUCACUUUAAAACCUUGCAACAUCAAAGUUGAUACUUUGAAGGAAA